AUGGCGGUCCCCCACUACGCCUACUUGAAGAUGAAGCUGCCUGGUCCGAAGGGCCUCAUCACCAUCACCGGCGACUACCACAAGUCCCUGGAGUGCGCCCAGGCCGUUGCCAAGCUGGACGAGUCGCUGGUCAUAGCCGAGGAGCGGUGCCAGCUGGACCGGAUCAUCGUGCUGGCCAAUGAGAUGCCGGCCGUACCGAUUUCAGCCAAGGAGCCGGCGGGCGAGGCCUCAUUCCAGCCCUCCAAGGAGACCAAGAAGGUAAAGCUGAAUCCAAAAGACCCCAGCUGCAGCAAGUACGUCGUCGUGGGUACCCGCCUCGACAGCAAAUAG